CUGGACUACUGCCUGGCGCGGCGCACGCCGGUGGCCCUGGGCAUCGCCGCGCUGCUGGUGCAGCGGAGCUGGCCCCACCUGCUGCGGUUCGAGCUGUGGUGCCAGCAGCCGGGUGCGGGGCCUCGCCUGAAGGAGGGCCUGGCGGACGUCCUGCCCCUGCUGCACAGCUACCUCCAGCGCCGGACCAGGGGCGCCACGCGCCCAGCAGCAGUGUCCUCUGCUGUCGUCCCGAUCCUGAGGAAGGCCCUGUGGAGGCGGCUGCAGACCCGGCUCCUCGGUGCUGACGGGCCCUUGGAGGCUGGGCUGCAUCCAGAGGUCCUGGCCCAGCUGGUCCCGUUCGCCAGAGCCAAGGACCUGGGUGUCCUCAAGGACCGUCUGCCCAGCUCGCUCCAGACUCCAGACGGUCACAAGAGCUGGAUCGUGGCCGACGCCGUCUCUGCCGCGCUGGAGGGGGCGGAAGCAGAACUGCGCGCCUGGAGAGAGAAGCUGCUGGAGUGCUGUGUGAAGUGGCUGGUCGGGUCCUUCGGCGGCCGGGAGCCAGGCCAGGACGGAGCCCGGGGCCAGGAGGAGCAGAUGCUGCUGCGGCUCCGCCAGCUGCUGAGCUCAGCUGAUGAAGUGGGGCCUGGGGAUUGGCAGCAGUUUGUGAAGACGGGACUCAAGCACCGGUAUCAGGACCCCGCGUUCCUGAGGGCGCUCCACGCCGCCGUGCAGCUCCUGUACCGGCCCGACAGCCCCGUGCGCGCGAGCCUGGUCCCGCUCCCCGUGGUCCACAUGAUGCUGGCCCAGCACUCCCUGUUCCUGCCCACCCUGCUGGCGUCCGGGAGGAGGGAGCCCCCGACGGCCAGGUGGUGCUGCUGUGGGGCCCUAACCCCGUUCUAUCCCCCCCCCCCGCCCCCCCCCCCCAGGGUGCUGCUGUGGGGCCCGGCGGCCGUGGAGCACCACAAGACGAGCCGCAGCCUGGGCAAGUCGCUGUGGCAGCAGCCGAGCGCCGGGGACAUCCUCCGCCUGCUGGACCGCGACCAGAUGAUGAAGACCAUCCUCCACUUCCCCCAGAACCGGAGGCUGCUGCCCCCUGAGGACACACAGGACCCGAUAUUCAGGGACGGGAGCCCCGGUGACCUCGAUGGCCUGUACGACCCCUGCUUUCUGCUCCACCUCUUCAGUGAGCUGACCCGGCCAGAGCUUGUGGUGGAUUGCCGAAAGUUUGUGGAUUCGAACGCUCUGGGCCUGACCGCCGCGGCCCUCAGCAGCUAUGACCCCCAGAUGCGAGCCGCCGCCUACUCCGUGCUGGCGGCCUACUACUCGCACGUGGAGGGGGCCCGGUUCCGAGAGCAGCCCCAGGUGCUCUACCUGCUGGAUGUCGUGCGGAACGGGAUCCGCACUCAGAACAUGAGGCUCACCUUCACCUUGGCGCUCUUCGUGGCCAAAGCAGCCCUGCAGAUUCUGAAGCCAGAGGAGCACAUGUACCUGAAGAUCAACAAGUUCCUGCUGUCGCACGAGGACCUGAACAUGAGCAAGGUCCCCGGCUUCUUCCAGUUCUUCUACAGCUCGGACUUCCAGCACAGCACCGAGCGGGAGUGGCUGUUCGGGCUCCUGCGGCAGGGCAUGCGCGACAAGCACUGCUACGAGCUGUACGCCCGGCGCGGCGUCUUCCACGUGGUGCUCUCCUUCUUCAGCAGCCCGCUGUGCGACCCCGCCGCCCAGGGCUGGGUUCUGGAGAUCCUGCAGAACGCCGCCCGCGACGCCAGGGCCGCCUAUGAGCUCCUGCGGGACUACAGCCUCCUGACCUGGGUCCUGCACGCGCUGGAGGGCAGGUUCCUGGAGACGCAGCUGCUGUCCAGCAUCAUCGACCUGCUGCACACGCUGUGGGUGACCACCCUGGGGGGCAGAGGGGUGGAGGCGGACAGCACGCCCGGAACCCAGAAGCCCCCGAAGCUGCUGGCCCUGCACCUGGUCAACGAGUUCCUGUACGUCCUGCUCGCGCUGGCGAAGCACCUGAGGCCCGCCCUGGCCUCCGCGCCACUGACCAGCUUCUUUGGGGCCCUCGACUCGGUGCUGCGGUACCGGGCCUCCGUGCUGCGGGCCUUCCAGGACCUGGGCCGCUUCACCGUGAACGAGACGGCGCUGUCCACCGCGGAGGCGCUCCUCCUGCUGCACCAGUGGAGCCUCGUCGAGCGGGACGGCGAGCUGCAGGGGGCGCUGCUGGCCGCCGCGGAGAGGCUCCGCGCCCGGGACCUGCUGAAAACGCUCAAGGACAGCAACAAGCCCGCGGCGUCUGCCCGAGCCCGAGGCCCUCGGGGCCGGAGGAGGAGGCCUGGGGAGGCGGAGGAGGCGGCCAGCCCCGAGCUGCAGCCGUCCAGCUUGGAGACCUGCAGGGGCCUCCUGAGGUCCAUACUGACCCACUGGGGGCCCGUGUUCCCCGGCCCUGCGCCCACUCAGGGGCCCUCGGACCCAGCCGUCCCCCACAGCGAGGCCGUAGGCCCCAUGUGCACCGUCGCUGCCCUGGUGGUCAGCUGGGUGCUGCGCACGGCGACCGAGCACCCACUCAGCGGGCCUGAGGCUGCGGGCCUCCUGCACUGGCUUCGGAGCCACGUGGUGCGGCAGCCGGAGGUCGUGGCCCGGCUCCUCGGGGACAGUGCGGUGAGGAGCGGCCUGUUCAGGCUGUACAGCCGGCUCUGCACAGAGGGGCUGGCGGGGCCCGAGCUCAACGCGGUGAUGCUGCCCCUGGCGGCGGCCCUGAGCCCCUCAGGGACCCCCCUCCCCCCGGCUGUGGAGACCCUCCGCCUGGCUUCCCUGGACGACAAGGAGGAAGCCACGCGAGCCUCCGCUGCCUUCCUGCUGUCCCUGUACAUCCAGGACGUCUGGCUGGGGGCCCAGCGGCCAGACACCCUCCUCGCCCACGUCCAGAUGGUCCGAGAGGCUGCGGAGGACGCACCAGGCAGUGACCAGGAGGCCAUCGUCGGGCUCUGCGAGGACAUCGCCGCCCUGGCCCCGGACACGUGACGCCCUCGCGGGCUCUAGGAGUCCAGGGGUGUGUGUAGUGACCGGGGUCCUGGAGGAAAAGCUCACUUUAUUUAUUCGACCAGUAAACAGAGUGGCGGGCCUGUGUGAGGCGGUCAGCGUGACGGGGCCGUGGGCUCCCUCGGGGCCAGGGGGCCGCACAGUGAUCAGUGGGCCGGCCCUUUUCUCGUUCCUCGUUCUUAGAGGAAACUCCUCCAAGUGAGUGGCACUGAGCACGCGAGGGCUCCCGCGUAAAGUUAAGCUAAACGGCCACAAAUGUGUCCCAAAGCGCACGAGCGGAGGUGCCUAAGGUGGUCUCUGUAGGAGUCGGGGCAGAGCUCCGUGUAACUGUCAGGUCAGCUCCUGCCGCAGCUUCUGUUUCCUGAAAUCCGGGGGGCUGCUCAGAACCUCGCAGGGUGCAAUCGCCCGACCUCGGCUUAGGGAAGGCAGCCUGUGUUUUUAACUUGAUAAUAAAUGUCUAUUUUUGUUAA